CAGUGUUUAUGGCUGCACAAUCUGACAGAUAAUGCAUCACUCAUAUUGGUCUAAAGUCCAAACUCAGAUUAGCAGAUUUGACACACAGACACACUGCUUUCAGAGGCACCACAGGACUCUGUGGAAUAGAUACAUCCCGUAUUCACCGUGUAUGUGAGAGGGAGAGGGAGAAAGAUGGACAUUCUGGAGACAUAUGCCUACGAUAGGAGACAGCGCAGGAACACGUCCUGCAUUCUGUUUCUUUUUCUCCUUCCUUUCUUCACUUCUGCAGCACUGUAUUUCUACCUGUGGAUCCCAGAAUCUGCUCCAUCCAUCCUGGCUGCAGGUGUGAAGGCUGCCCCCGUGCUCUCAUUGGCUUUCGUGGUGCUGAGCUACAAUGGAGGGUGGAGCCUGCUGGGCGUGGCUGGAGGGCUGGUGAUGUCAGCGGCAGGAGACACCUGUCUCAUCUGGCCACAUCUUUUCCUCCUGGGAAUGGUCUGCUUUGCUCUGGCCCACCUGCUGUACUCUCUUUCCUUCCUGACUUCACGUUAUUCCUCUCACGCCUCUUCUUCCUGUGGCCUCUAUUUUUUUUACCUCCUGCUCUGGGGAGCCGGUGGUGGAAUUUACGUCUAUCUCCUGCCCUUCCUCCAGAAGUCACCAGAGCCUGACGUUUAUGUCCCGGCUGUUGGAGGUUACGCGCUUCUCAUUGUUCUGAUGGCGACUCUUGCGGCACGAACGAGGCAACCGCUUGUUCUGCUAGGUGGCCUGGUCUUCAUGGUGUCGGACUUCACCCUUGCACUGCAGCAUUUCAAAGUCGUUAAACAUCUGGAUCAUGGCAGGCAUAUUGUCAUGACAACGUACUACCUGGCCCAGAUGCUGAUCGCCAUCGGUGACGUGGAGGCGUCGAUGGCAGAGCAGGCCGAGGAGCUCCACAAAUGGAAGAAGUCAUAGGGGUGGCGUCGAGACAUGGGCAGGUGGGACUAAUGCAGACUUAAUACAGACGGAUAUAAAUAAUUACUUAUCGGAGAUUCUGUGUUCUGUAUUUAUAUGUUUACAUAAUGUAUAGGUCGUAAGUCUGCAUUGUUUAGCUACUAACCAUGCUUAUCAUUUGAGAGGAAACUAGGACAUGUCCAGUCAUGACAGAAAGAAGAACUCUAUGUAGCCUGUACUUUGUUUCUUACAAUAUUAAAAUAACCAAAAAAAAAAACUCUCAAACAAUAAAUAAGAGACGUUGAAUAAACUUGGGAACUCUACACAUCUAUGCAUCUCUCCUAAUUCCCUGUUCAACAUUUUCAAAGAUUAUAUUAUAUACUGUAUUAUCCAUUAAUGGAAAGGAUCCAUAGGGCCAAUGAUGUAAGUCAUGAUGUAGGUAACACUGAUAUGGUGUGUGUUCAUGUGUGUGUGAGUGGUGUUAGUUGGAUUAGAAACAGCAGCGACUGUAUCCAAUCACUGGCCAUUUUAUAAAACACUCAUUCAAACAGGUAUACAGUUAGAGACUAAAUCUCAUUUAAUCAUCAUGCUGUAAAAAGACAUCCAGUUUGAUUGCAUAAUAAUGACUUUGUGAUUAUUUUACAAGCUGUACAUGCAAUCAGCCCAGAUGAUUGCACCAUGUAAUUUCCCCACACAGGCCUGGAUGACGACCUGAGCUGACUUUCUGUUGCCUCACGGUCUAGGCAUAACCUCCAAACACAUUAGUUAUGUGGUGUCUCAUUGUUGGCCCUGAUGCCAUUCAAAACAACAAGCUGCUUAUAUCAUAUAGGCCACAUUGUGAGUCUUUGAAGGUGUUGACUUUCCUCAAAGCACCUUACAAACAAUGCUAAUAACUAUAGUGGCCUUACGGAAUGUGUCUCUCGACUAGUUUAGAGUAAGAACAUUGGCUUAUGGAGAGCCUGUGUGUUUUGCCUAGAUGCUUAGUACUGUUAGAGUAUAUUCUCAUAUCACAACUAAGAUUCUACUUGAAAGACUAAUACUUACUUUGCCUUCAAGAUUAUCUGUGUAGCAGUGCACAAACAUUGGGCAUAGCCAAUACAACAAUUUGGAAUGUCCUGAAAAAGAAAGAAACCACUGGUUUAAUGAGCAACAGGCCCCGAUUGGGUCGGCCAAGGAAAAGAAUAAUAGCUGAUGACAGAAACAUUGGGAGAACUUUGAAGAAAACCCCCAAAAAUAACAGUCAAUGACAUCAUCAACAACCUUCACAGGGCAGGGGUGAAGGUAUGGGAAUCGCAAAGAAAUACAGAGAUGAGCCAGAAAAGUUCUGGAACCAAGAGUAACUUCUACCAAAGUGAUGGAAAGGCCAAAGUGUGGAGAAAGAAAGGCUCCGCUCAUGAUACAAAACAUACAAGCUCAUGUAUGAAACAUGGUGGAGGUAGUGUCAUGGCUUGGGCUUGCAUGGCUGCUUCUGGAACAGGCUCACAAUUUUUUUUUUUUGAUGAUAGAACUCAUGAUGAGCAGCAGAAUGAAUUCAGACGUUUACAGGAACAUUUUGUCUGCCAAUUUAAAGAGAAAUGCAUAAUUUUUGUCAUGUAACCAGACAAUGAUCCAAAACACACUGCUUACUCAACAUGUUUUAUGUUUUAUGUUGCUUAACACGUCUACACUGGCGCUUGAAAGUUUGUGAACCCUUUAGAAUUUUCUAUAUAUCUGCAUUUCUAUAUAAAUGUCAUCCCAUUGAUUGAAAACACCUGACUCUAAUUUCACCUUCAAAUUAAGUGCUAAUCCUAGACGGUCACAUACUUUUGCCACUCACAGAUAUGUCAUUUCUCAUUUUCCUCAAUAAAUAAAUGACCAAGUAUAAUCUUUUUGUC